UUUCCACGUGAGAUGCAGAGCGCGAUACACAUUCCGUUUGUGUUUCCCUCCAGUGUCACUCUGCACAUUUCCGUUACUUUUACCGGAAUUACCGAAACCUCUUCUUUUACAUCACCGGAAAAUGUUCAGAACUCUCCGUAAUCGUCGACGUCCUCGUUAUGGCCCUCAACUCUGCGCCAUUGCAGCUGCUCUCCUUCUCCUACUCUCAGUUUCUGUUCUCCACAGUCGUCUCGGCUUCGAUCGACGAGCUCAAGCACAGCCAUUCUCUUCUUCAAGACUAGAGUCCGGGUUCCACUCAGAUCCGGAUCUUAAAUUCUCCCAAGACUCAUCGAACGACAUAGACGAUGUCGUUGCCAAUCCGUUGCUGCAAGAUGUCGACAACGAUGGUUCUAGUAAGAACGACGAUGAUCGCAUCGAUGAGCUUGAUGUUGUAGACGAGGAUGAUAAAUCUAGGGUUUCAACUGAAGAGGAGAUUCUCAGUGGAGUUGAGCUUGAAGAGGAAUCGGAAUCUGAAGGACUUGAAGUGGAAAGGAAUAAGCAUUCAGGGUAUGUGUGGGAUCAUGUUGUUGGAGUUAGAAGACGAGCUUUUGAUAAGCGUUCGAUCGAUGACCAAUGGGAGGACUAUUCCACUUCUGAUUUUAAUCAGAAUUCAGAGGAUCAGAGUAAGAUCGCUUUUGCUUCGGAUGAUCAGCCUGUGGAUGAGGACGUUCGGCGGAAGUUGCAGGAGAUUAAGGGGAUCGAGGAUGCACUGUUGUUGAAGACGAGUUUGAGAGUCUCACCUUUGAGAGAAGGUUGGGGGACUUGGUUUGAUACGAAAGGUGACUUUUUGAGGCGUGAUAGGAUGUUUAAGUCUAAUUUGGAGCUUUUGAAUCCUUUGAAUAACCCUCUUCUGCAAGAUCCUGAUGGGAUUGGGCCUACGGUUUUAACAAGGGGUGAUAAGCUCAUGCAAAAGGCGUUGUGGAAUGAAUUUAAGAAAGUGCCUUUUGCUUUGAAGAAGCCAUUAGGAAUUACAGAGAAGACCCGUGAAUCUGCACAAACUAAAGAUGGUGCCAAAGCUACCACUGAGAAGGGGAAGAUUGUGAAUCCUGAAAUGAGGGGAUUUGAGGGUGAUAAUAGAAGAAGAGAGAAUGAGAUCAAAAGGGCAGAACGUAGAGCUUUAUAUGACACUUCUGGAAAUAGUGCUGAUGCUAAUAAAAAUGUGAAUGCUUCGGACUCUUUGAAUUCAACUAAAACUGCAGAUGUUUCCAGUGAAAAUUUGCCAACUUAUAGUGAGAAAGAAAAAAGAUUCUCAUCGUAUGAGAAUGACAGAAGUUUUCCAUCAAAAUUCAAUAAUGUGAAAAGCAGAGACAAAGUUAUAGAUUCAUCUAGGGGCAUGCAGGAUCAUCAAGGUGAUUCGAACAAUCUGUAUUCUGAAAAGAUUGAACCCAAGUUUUCAGGUCAUAUUUAUGCUGAUGGCAAGAGAUGGGGCUACUAUCCUGGCUUGUAUUCUUAUCUUUCCUUCUCUGAUUUUGUUGAUGAGUUUUUUAGGCAAGGAAAAUGUUCUAUGAGGGUUUUUAUGGUGUGGAAUUCUCCACCUUGGAUGUAUAGCGUCCGGUACCAACGAGGCCUUGAAAGUCUUCUACACCAUCAUCCGGAUGCAUGUGUUUUAGUGUUUUCCGAAACGAUUGAACUUGAUUUCUUUAGGGACUUUCUGAAGGAUGGCUUCAAGGUUGCUGUGGCGAUGCCAAAUCUGGAUGAACUGCUGAAGAAUACCCCCACCCAUGAAUUUGCAUCAGUAUGGUUUAAGUGGAGAAAGACAAAAUUUUAUUCUACCCACUACAGUGAGCUAGUCCGACUUGCUGCUCUUUACAAGUAUGGAGGACUCUAUCUUGAUUCUGAUAUUUUAGUGUUGAAGCCAUUGUCUUCACUUAAUAAUUCUGUAGGCUUGGAGGAUCAAGUGGCUGAAAGUUCUUUAAAUGGUGCUGUAAUGGCAUUCAGGAAGCUCAGUCCUUUCUUAAUGGAGUGCUUGAGAGAGUUUUAUUCAACAUAUGAUGAUACCCAGUUGCGAUGGAAUGGGGCUAAUCUUUUGUCAAGAGUAGGUAAAAAGUUUUUGACUGAUGGGAAUAAUUCUGACAAACAGCUGGAGCUAAAAUUGCAACCAUCUUUUCUUCUGUUCCCCAUAAGCCCGCAGAAUAUCACUAGAUAUUUUGUCGCUCCAGCAGAUGAGACUGAAAAAUUUCAACAAGAUAUUCUCUUCACAAGGAUCCUGGAUAAGUCAGUCACAUUUCAUUUCUGGAACAGUAUUACGUCUGCACUUGUUCCGGAGCCUGAGAGCCUUGUAGCAAGGCUUCUUAACCACUAUUGCCUCCAUUGUCUCGAUGUGUUAUGAGUUUAUGAGAAGACAUCAACUUUUCCCCCUUCAGCGAGCUCAAUAACGCUCAUGUUGGACUUCAUAUGCCAGAACAAAAUAAUCCAAGUGGGGAUCCCCAUCUUCCAAAAUAUACAUUUCAUCCUAUGGCUUUCCGCGUUUAUGUUCUGAGGAGUUGCAAAAAACCAACCAGGAAAAUUUUUGGGUAAUGUGAUUUGGGAUCUGGACUGGGAAUAUGAAGGGAAGACAUUAUUCAGUGUACAAUUAUUAUAUGUUCUGUAAAUUAUUACAUUAAAGAGCAGGCGUUUGCCACCUCAAAAUUAUACAAAUGAUGUAGAGAUGGAAGCUGGUGAGGAAACUGCAGCUUGGGUUGAGAUGAGUAGAUUGCUCAAUGUGCCAUGCACACAUUAUUUACCUACUCUGAGAAGUUUUGAUUGAAGGUAGAAUCUGGUCUGCUAGGUCACCACUCCCCAGUACAGGGGUUCCGAUGCAUUUUUUAGAGGAGGAUCAGCGCUAAUUGCAGAGUUCUUGUAAAAUACUGGUGCAGUUUGUACAAUUCUCCUGUGUGGAACUUAAUUUCUCUUAUAUUAAAUCAAAAUGUAUUACAUA